CAUCUCCUCGGUCGGACUCAUCUCUUCACUCUCAAAUAUAGUUAAACCCCUCUUCUCUCUCUACAUUCAAAUCCGCCCUUAUCUCUCUCUCUCUCUGGACUCCUUCUUCUUCUUCUUCUUCUUCUGAGAACUGUAGCCUUCAAAUUCCUCUUGAAAGCUUCGCAAUUUGCCAUUUCCUACGGAACAGAGGGAGAGAAAGAGAGACGGCGCGGGAUGGACUUAGGAGCGCCCUAUAAUCUUCGCACAGUGGAAGAGGUUUUCAGGGACCUCAAAGGCCGACGAGCUGCCAUGAUCAAAGCUCUCACCAAUGAUGUUGAAGAUUUUUAUCAGCAGUGUGAUCCUGAGAAGGAAAAUCUGUGCUUGUAUGGGUAUCCAAAUGAACAAUGGGAGGUUACUUUACCUGCUGAAGAAGUGCCUCCAGAACUUCCAGAGCCUGCAUUAGGUAUCAACUUUGCCAGAGAUGGGAUGCAGGAAAAGGAUUGGUUAUCUCUAGUAGCUGUCCACAGUGAUGCAUGGUUACUUUCUGUUGCGUUCUAUUUCGGUGCUAGGUUUGGAUUUGAUACAGCUGACAGGAAGCGGCUUUUUAACAUGAUCAAUGAUCUCCCUACUAUAUUUGAAGUGGUAACUGGUGUGGCAAAGAAACAGCAGAAGGAGAAAUCUUCAAUCUCAAAUCACAGUAGCAGCAAAUCUAAGUCAAAUUCUAAAGUGGGGAAAUCUUCAAAGUCACAGCCCAAAGAGGAAGAGGGCUUGGACGAUGAAGAUGAAGACGAAGACGAAGACGAAGAUGAGCACGGGGAGACAUUGUGUGGGGCAUGUGGAGAGAAUUAUGCAUCCGAUGAAUUCUGGAUCUGUUGUGACAUAUGCGAGAAGUGGUUCCAUGGCAAGUGUGUGAAGAUUACCCCAGCUAGAGCCGAGCAUAUUAAGCAGUACAAGUGCCCAUCCUGCAGCAAUAAGAGAGCUCGUCCUUGAUGUAUCUGGUUCUUUCUCUAGCUUUGCAGCCAGCUAACUACAUUUUAAGUAGGGUUUUUCUUGUUUCUGAGGGCUAUAUUUAGCACUACAAUAUUGCAAAUACCUAUCUUUUUUCCGGGUGGGUUUCUCACUUUUUGUUAUAGGACUGUUAAUUCUAGCUCUACAAAAAUUGAUCCCCAUUUUAUUUGGAAGAAUUGAUAUCUUCACCUUAUAAAUUUAUUAGGAGUUUUGGUCACUCAA